AUGAAUGUGUUAUACUGGAAUGCCUGUGGUCUUGCGAACGCAGACACACAACGGGCCUUAAAGAAGCUGGUACGUGAAAAUAAUCCUUUAGUUGUAUGUCUUUCGGAACCUUUUGUAUCACCUGAUGCCAUUCCAUUUUCAUUUUGGCGUACUUUAAAUUUACACAUGUUUGCUACUAAUAACCGGGGUGAACAAGACCCCAAUCUUUGGUUCCUUUGUCAUGUAGAUCUCAAGCCUAUUCUUUUGUCCUCCACGGAUCAACAAAUUACUGUGUCAUGUUCACUUGAUGGAGUUCAAUGUUGUAUUACUGCAGUCUAUGCAAAAACAACCAUCAGGGGACGCCGUCAACUUUGGCAUGACCUUAACAUUAUUCAUUCCUCUCAGGCUCAUAACCCUUGGUUGGUAUUGGGUGACUUUAAUUGUGUUCUUGGAGCACAUGAGAAGCGAGGGGGAAACAUUCCCAGUGCAACUGCCUGUAGAGAGUUCCAACAGAUGUGCACUGCUUGUGAGCUCUUGAAUAUAGACACAAAAGGGCUAUUUUUCACAUGGUCUAAUCGGAGAACAGAUAUUCGUCUAGAUAGAGCCCUCGGUAAUGCAGAAUGGUUUGAUGCUUGGAAUAAUUUUGAGUGCCGUUCUCUCACAAAAGCUUCAUCUGAUCAUUGCCCUAUAAUGGUCUCUUGUUCUAGAAUUCCUCACUUGGUGCGACCUCUCUUCAGAUUUCAGAAUAUGUGGCUUCAACAUCCAGACUUUCUCCAUCUAGUUAGAGAAUUUUGGGAGAACUCAACCUAUCAUGGGUGCCCAAUGUUUAUUUUGUCUGCCAAGCUUAGAGCCCUUAAAGUAGUAUUGAGGCAAUGGAAUGCCUCCCAUUUUGGAGAUAUUAACAACCGUGUGCAUUUGGCAAAGGUAGAGCUAGAUGGUAUUCAGCAAGACAUCUCUUCUUUAGGCCCAUCAGAGGAACGUUAUAGGCAAGAAGAUAAGGCACAUGCAGAUUAUCAAUUGGCCCUUUCCAUGCAAGAUUCUUUUCUCCGUAGUAAGUCGCGUGUCCGUUGGCUUGUUGAUGGGGACAGAAAUACUUCAUUUUUGCACAACAUGGUGAAGAUUCGGAAGGUUCAUAGGUCAAUGGCAACGAUUAAAGUUGGCUCACAGGUUUUGCAAUCUCAUGACCAGAUUGCUUCUCAUGUAGUCCAACACUUCAGUUCAUUGUUUACUAAAGAUGAGAGUAUUACGAACACAGGCUUGGUUGAGCGUGUUAUUCCAGCAUUGGUCACUGAGGAGGAAAACUUGAUGCUUGCAGCAAGCCCUUCUAUAGAGGAGAUACGCGGGGCGGUUAUGGGCAUGGAUGGUUUUAGUGCUCCAGGUCCAGAUGGUUUUGGUGGUUCAUUUUUUUAG